UUUUCACCCAUUUCGGUAAUAUCAAUUUUAAGUGUUAGGGUUCGGACCACUUCGGUACUAAUUUUUGUUGAAAACAUCAUAAAUUUAAGACUCCAGUUUGGGGUCUAAACUGAAGUUAAGGUUGGAUGCGGACAGCUAACGCAGCCAUAUUUCAGAAGAUUUUGAUUAUCCGCGAUCGUUCACGUUUAGCAGAAUGGCCAGCAAGUCAUCGCAAGGCAGUUCUCCUGCAUCUCCUACCCCCGUGGAGAAUGAGGCAUCUACACCAAAAUCCUUGAAGAAGUCUGAUCCAGCAUCUUCGAAGUCCGCUCGAGGAGCGAAAGUCUUUCGCGAGACAUACCAGAUUGGUCCCUCGUCAUCUCUGGAAGAAAUGGAGCCUAAAGUUUUACGCUUUCAAAAUCGGAAACUUGCGGAAAGGCUUGAGCAUUACCAGACGGUGACAGAGGAACUGCGCAAUCGGAAUGAACAGCUGCAGCAGCGUCUGGCGUCAACAGAUUCGGAAAUCUUCAUCAUCAAUCGUCAUAUGAAAUCCCUGGAUGAGAAUGCGCGUCUUUUGGUGAAGAAUUUCGAAGAUGAGCACCUAAAAGAUUCGGAAGCUGCCGAGAAUCCCUUGAGUCCCGUAGAAUCCUUCGUGACGCAGUUGUCAACUCUGGACGAGGAGGAACUGGAUAAGACGAUGGCCGGACGAGUACAGGAGACGCGCAAUCUCAUUUCCAAAUUGGUACAGGUCUAUGCAACGGUGUGGAAUCAGUCGCGCUCUGCCAUGGAAAAGCUGAAAAACGCAGAGAAUGUCGAGGAACCUGCAAAAAGCGCUAUGGAGCAGAUGAUGAAAAAGAAUGAAAAACUGGAGAAGCAACAAUUAAUCCUUCAGGAAAAACACACAGCUUUCUCCCUGGAAAGUUCCAAAUUGAAAGAUCGCAUUACGGAAUUAGAAACGGAACGGGAUGAACUAAACAAUCGUAAGGCUGAUUUGUCUUGGUCGCUGGAUAAAGAGCAGACAAGAAGGGAGAAAGCGGAAAAUAUGGUUGUCGAGCUGCGCCAGAAAGUCAUUGCACUGGAGACGCAGCUGGGGACAAAAAAGAAAGAAGGCACAUACGUGGAAGUGGCUGCCACCGAUGCGAACUUGUCCCAGUCCAAGAUGGGGGAAAUGGUAACAGAACUGGAAAACUUGAAAACCUUGUCGGCUAAUCGAUUACAGGAAAUUGAUAAAAUCCACGCAGAAAAAGCGGAUUUGAAAUCUACAAUUGAUCGGAUGAAAAUCCAGAUAUCCAGCCCUCCCGAUGACCUGGUUAUCAAUAGCGCUAAAUAUAAAUCCCUUCAGACCAGCUUUUCGGUAAUCUUCGUCGAGCAUGAAAAGUUAAAAGAGCACUAUAAAAUUGCACGAGAAGCGGUGACGACGAUCCGUAACAGCUACCUGCAACAGCUGAAAGAAGCUCAGAAACAUGAAGAAGAUGGAAGCCAAAUGUUUCAAUCCUUCUUAAGCAAUUUACAAACUGCUACCAAUGCGGCUAAAGUGGAUUAUCAAAGAUUAAAAAUUGAAUUUGAGCAGGAGCGUGCCAGCCGCGAAACUAGCGGGACAAAUAAGGAUUACGAUAAACUGUUCAAAUCAAUGAUGCAGCAUAAUAAUUCCAUGCAGAGUGAGGUGCUGCGGUUGCGGAAACGGAUUCAGUCAAUGCAGGCGGAAUUGGCAAAGACACAACCUCGUGACGCGGCUCGGCCGAGCACUAAGAUCUCUACACCUGAAAAGCGUGGUUUCGAUGGUGAGCCAAAAGGGCAAGAACCGGGUAGCGCCGACACAGUUGGAUCCUUGCGGCACACAUCUACCGGAUCUCAGGAUUCAGUCAAUUCCCCGGAUAGCCGGGGUGAUUCGCAGACGAUUAAAGAUCUGCGCAAACAGCUUCGAGACAAAACCAAGGAAUACGAUGAACUGAAGCUGUUGUAUGAUAUAACCAAGCAGUCCGGUAAAACUACCCGCGAACUGGUGGAAGUGAUGGUGUCCGAAAGGCGCUUAAAGGACGAAAAUGCUGAACUGCGCAAGCUGGCGGCUGGUGCGGACGAGAAGAUCCAUGCGGCGGAGUCCGGUUACAAGACCCUGGUGGAUACCGUGGAUAACUUCCGCUCGCGAAACCGGCAGCUGGAAGAAAAGGUGCAUGAGCUGGAAAGAGAAAAAGAGAAGGAGAGAAGUGAAAAAGCGCGCGGUGGUCCCGAUGAAGAAUUGCAGCGGAAAGUGAAAUUUUUGGAAGAUUCCCUGGCGUCGUGUAAGAAGGCCCUCCAGAGUCAUAAAAUUGAAGAGGAAGCAAUGAUGAGCGAAAUGGAAAUCACCGGGCAGGCUCUGGAAGAUUUGCAGAAUCAAAAUAAACAGUUGAUUGAUCAACUAAAGGAAAAGGACAACACUAACCUAAAAUGGAUGUCUGAUAAUAUUCGGAAUAACCAAAUUAUCAAGACCUUGAAAGACGAGAAGAUUGCCCAGGAAAUGCGCUUUCGCACCGCUGUGGAGACCAUACAGAAGUACGAAAAGCAGAUGAUAUUGGCGGAAGAACGGAUAAAAGCAAUCGAAGACGCCAACACAACACUCGAAGAGGACCGCAAAACGUGUGAUUAUAUGAUAGAGAGCUGGAAACGAAAGGCACACGAUCAGACGAAAGAAGCGAAUGAUCUGCGAUUGAAACUGGAACAGUUGGAAAAGGAAGUUGAGUUUGCACGCACAGUCCAUGCUGACCGGAUCAAGUCGCACGAAGGCGAUGUGUAUAAAACCAAACGGCUCACGGAAGAGAAUGCGGAGCUGAAAAGGCGGCUAGAGCGAGCCAAAUUAGUCGAAAUAACAGGCUCAAGUGAGGAAAUAUUAAAAGAAGAUUUACGCGAAUACAAGGAUCUCCUGAACUGCCCGUCGUGUAAAUGUGCUCGCAAGGAUACCGUUUUGACGAAAUGCUUCCAUGUUUUCUGUAAUUCUUGCAUAUCGAAACGCUAUGAAACCCGCCAAAGACGUUGUCCGCAGUGCGGAACAUCCUUUGGAGCAAAUGAUUAUCGGCGUCUGUACCUUGCUUGAAUCGCAACUAUGGUGCAAAUUUUCCUUUUUUUAUGGACUUCAGUUAUAAUCUCGAUAUUGUUCUUGGUGUCACUCCUUAAUUUAUUGAUUCGCGAUACGAAUAACAUAUUUUGGUUACGGUAUCGUCGUCAGACAUUAAAAUGAACACAGCACACGUGACUGAACCCGUUGCUGUUCUAAUUUUCUCUGUAAAAUAUGCCAAAAAAAUCGGAAUUAAAUAAAAGCAUCGCAAUAAUGCAAACUUAUG